AAUGUAAUCAGAGGAGAUGAGAAGAAACAACUGAUCAUGGUGCUAGCGCAGGUGGAUGCUGUUGGGAAUAGAUGAAUGAAGCCAUCACUCAGGCCCAGCCUGAUUCUGUUUGUUGGGCGCUUCCUGCGAUCACUUUCGGAGAGCAGCCGCAUGAUUAAUGACAAGCAGGGUGUGAGCAGCAGCCUUUCAGUCCUCCACUGACGGAUUAUUAGUGGCUCAGUGACCUACAAAAGGGUAAUUCAUUUAACAUAGGACUGCAACAUAGGUUGUCAAGACAACACCACCUGAAACCAUGCUAGGCUAGACAAGAAGGACAGCGUUUAUCAUGUCUAUAGCAGCUCUUAGUGCCUGAAUUCUCUAAAAAAGAUAUCUGAAAAAGCAAAAUCCUUUCAAGUAUUUUAUUUUUGUCGUGAUGUGGCUUUCCUUCUUUCUUUCUCUUUUUUUUUCAACAUUUCUAGAAUUUCUAUAAAGUUUUGUGCAUAUGUGUAACUGAAAUGCAGCUAGUGACCAAAAUAUUUAUGAUGUCAAACUUUUAUUUUUCAUAGGCAUUUUCAUUGAAUUAAAAUAAAGGGAAAAGGAGAAUAUAGACUUGACUUGUUGGCUCACCUGGACUUGUUCCAAUGCAAAUCAUGGUUUCCUAAACCCUACAACACUUUCGCUAUAAAAAGUUACACCAACACUUUUGCUAGGUAAUUUUAACCCAGUAUAAUGUACCCAAUAAAAAGUAUUUGUAACAGAAACAGAUUAAAAUAUGACAUCGCAUGAUACAUUAGAGUAGUUCUAUUUUGUUUUCAGCUGUGGUUUAUGUAACAAAAUGGAAAAAAAAAACAUAGGAAGAUCCUAAAAACAUGCUCAAAAGUUGUUGAAAAAUAAGGAAUUUAAAAUUUAUUUUUUUUAGAAUUAAAAAAAAAAAAAAAAAAACAAGAGAGAUACUGGAGACUUGGCCUCUGGUCCACCCAUUACCCAUGGGACAUGUGACUUUACCCAGGGAUUCAUGACACAAUGCAACAUACUGAAAAUCAAGUAAAUAUUUUUGCUUUGGUGAAAAUAAAUCACCCAGCGAUAGUGCUCUAGGGUUAAAGAUACAUUUUGAUUUAUAAACAUUAAUACAGAAAACUACAGCUAAUCAACCUUUCCAAGGUUAAGCCUGAGAUCUUAAGAUAAACAGAAAUUCAAAAGUGUUAUAUCUUUAGAAAAAAAAAUUGUCAAAGUAAUUGGGACUUAAUCUGUAAUUAUAGCAGUACGUUUAGGAAUUACAAUGACAUAUUUCUCAUUAGAUAUUAAAAAGAUGGACAAUUACUUGCUUAAAAAAAAAAAAUUACAUAUAUAUAUAUAUAUAUAUAUAUAUAUAUUUAAGUCUACUUGAACCCCACCUUCUAGUCCUCACUUCCAAUUGCAAGUUUUCCUUAAAAUAUUUGUUUUAUUUCGGUGAACUGUUUUAGGAACCAGAUGAAGCUAUAUUCUACUAAAAGGCUGGUUCAUAGUCCCCAGUGUCUCCAAAUAUGACCCCGUAAAUAAAAAUUCUCAUGUAAGUUAAUGAAGUCACACCUAUAAAUAGCCACAAAGUUUGCUGACUCAGCAAAAUACUGGAGUAUCUGCAAAAAUAAAGAAAUAAACAAAUGUGUAGGAAGGUAGUGAACAUUUUAGUGAUAAAUAUCAAGAUACUACAGUCACAAUCAGUCAUCUAAGUAAACAUUAGGUGUGGACAUAAGUGCAAAGGAAUCUGUGGAAAAUAUAUAAUCAGCAAAUAAUGUUUUUCAAUCAGUGUGAGGUAAAAUGAAGUCCUGCUGUGAAGUCAAUCACCAUCUCUGCAUCUCAUAAACUCACUUUGUACCCGUUUCCCUCCCUCUCCCCCCCAGGUGCCAGUUGGGGUAGGUUACCAUGGAAACCAAGAUGGUGAUGCACAGAGAGCAGGAGGAGCAGUCGUCCCAAAUGCGUCAAAGCAUGCAGCUGUCCUCGCAGAAAAAGAAGAGGACGUUCGCUUCCAGUGACGAGGACGCCUCCUACUCCGAUUUCUAUCCCAUCAUCCCAGCAGAUGUGAUGUCCGUGAAAGAGAUCCUCAACAUGAGCAACCUCCCUCGCCAUAGGACUUGGGAAAUCCUGCAGGAGACGAUGAGUGCUGACGAGGAGCAUCACAGAGAAUCGUGGACGAUGUUUGGGAAUGAGGUGGAGAAAGUGGAGCUGGAUGUGAUCAGAAACCAGCAAAUGCUGCGUACUCGCGUUGACAAAAUGGAUCUUCGCAGGAAGGCUCAAAAGAAGGCAGCUCAACACAUGACGUAUCUGGAGCGACUGAGUCAAAGGAGUCCAGACUUUCCCGUCCCUCUGAGGGCUCACAUGGUCUGGGAGGGAAUGACGGUGAAACUUUCUUGUACCGUUCAGGGCUGCCCACCCCCAAAGGUCACAUGGUACAAGAAUGGGGACCCACUGAUAAUGACCGACCUACCAUGGAAUUACAGUUUCCAGCAAAGUUUUGGUCUCAGUUUCCUCGAGAUCAGAAGGUGCUCUCCUGAUGAUGCUGGCGAGUAUAAAGCGAUAGCCGGGAAUCCUCUGGGGGAAGCUGUGACCUUUGGGACCCUGGUGGUAAACUCGUAUCAAGGAGCGCUGGCUGGUUCAGAGCACUCGCAGACCACCGCUUUGGAGCUGCAACCAGAAGCCCAGUUUGACUCCACCUUCUCUCCAACCUGGGCUAAAGAGGGCACCAGCUUCACCCUGCAGUGCACCUUCACCAAUCCUUUACUACCGUUCCAGCAGGAUGUCAGCUGGUUCAGAGAUGGUGUACAGCUGCAUCAGUCCAGCUCUACAGAUAUUACAACCUGUGACAACAAGGCUACCAUCACUAUAGGAACUGCACACAAGGAGUAUGAGGGUUUUUACACAGCCAAGCUGAGGACCAGGGAUGGAGUCCAGGAACACAAGUCUUUUGUCUACAUCAAAGAUGCGUCCGCCGCGGCGUUGGGCGGUCCUGCUUCUCCUCUGGCUGUGCAGGUGUCAGAUGUCAACAGAGACUACAUCUUCCUGACCUGGCAGCCGCCCAGCGCAGAUGGAGCGUCACCUGUUGAGGGUUACAUUGUGGAAAGAUGUGAACAGGGUCAGGAUGAGUGGGUGCGCUGCAACGUGCAUAUUCAAAAGGCGUGCCACUUCCCGGUGUUUGGGUUGAAGGAUAGAACUCUGUAUCGGUUCAGAGUUCGGGCCGUGAACCAAGCCGGAGCAGGACGCCCAUCCAAAGCCACGGAGGACGUCCUGACCGGAGACCCUCUGGAGCACACCAGGACGACGGUGAUCCAAGUGGGCAGAGGAAAGACCAUCAUCAUCACCAAAGACGAACUGGAAGGUCAGAUUAGAGUUCCUCUUCCUCCCACCGAUGUCCAUGCCUGCGAGGUGAGCGACUCCUACGUAGUGUUGCGGUGGACCGAGCCUGAGCCCCGAGGCAGAGAACCGCUGACCUUCUACGUGGAGCAGUCCUUGGCGGGGCAGACCAGCUGGGGCCUGGCCAGCAUGGACGUGGUGGUGAGCUCUCCGAGGUUCCCGGUGUUCGGCCUGGUGAAGGAGAAGCAGUACUGCUUCAGAGUGCGCUCCGUCAACAAGUACGGCGUCAGCGACCCGUCUGAACCCAGCGCACCCGUCUCCCUCGCAAAACCACAAGCUGUGCCGGCUCCGCCUCCCUCAGUAAUGGCCGUCAGAGACACCGACACCUCUGUGCUGCUGCAGUGGGAGGAACCCACAGACAAAAAUGGAAUUCUGGGAUAUUAUCUCUACUACAGUGAAGCUGGUAAACAGGACUGGAAGACCGUCAACAACAAACCUGUGGUUAAAACCAGGUUUACAGUCCACGGCCUGAAGACUCGCAGGGAAUACGUGUUCAGGGUGAAGUCUGUAAGCCGAGCUGGAAACAGCAGAUAUUCAGACGAGUCUCGCCCCAUCAUGGUCAAAUCAGCUAUUAAUGUUCCCUCCGCUCCCUCAGCCAUCAGCCUGCUGCUGUGCUCUGGAUCAGAGAUGGUGCUGGGCUGGAGGGCUCCUUCCUGUCACGGAGGGAGUCCUGUUCAGGGGUACUACCUGGAUCAGAGAGAGAAGGGCACGGAAACCUGGCGGGAGGUCAAUGUCAAACCAGCCAAAAAACGACAAUUUAAGGUUUCCAACUUGAUAUGUGGACAUUUCUACCACUUUCGUGUUUUUGCUGCUAACCUCGCUGGUGUGGGGAAACCAUCUGAUGCUAGUGAAGCUUUUCUUUGUGAAAAGUGGACAAUGCCACAACCAGGUUGCCCUUACGACCUGGAGUUCAGGGAGGUGAGAAACGGCUCUUUGGUGCUGCUGUGGGCCGCUCCGCUGUAUGAAGGCCGGGGGCCUGUCAUCGGCUAUUUGCUGGAAAUCAGUCAGGGCGACGAGUCAGAGAGCUGGACUCCUCUGAAUAAAAAGCCAAUCUCUGACACACAUUAUAAGGUGACGGGGCUUCAGGCUGGUGAGACCUAUCGCCUCCGUGUCUCCGCCGUUAAUGAGUGUGGAGUGGGCCGCGCUUCCCUGCCCUCCGAGGCUGUCACGGUUCGGACUCGACCCGAAACUAAAGACAUUGAGAUUGGCGUGGACGAUGAUGGCUUCAUAUUUCUGGGCUAUGAGGCCUCUGAGAUGAACAGCGAGAGCGAGUUCCUCUGGAGCAGAAACUACAGCGACCCCAUUGAUGCUAAAAGGACAAAAACAGAAACCAAGAACAAUCGGUCGGUUCUCACCUUCAGAGACCCGUCAGUGGAGGAUCUGGGGCUCUACACUGUGGAAAUGAGCGAUAACCCCCACCUGUCAUCCAGCUACGAUUUCACAGCUGAAGACCUUGAUCAGCUUAAAGAACUCAGUUGGCAAGUCAGAAAUCCAUUGAUAGCGUUAAAGUCCGGCUGGGAGGUUGAAGUUUCCGAGAAAGGCAGCGUUCGUCUUUGGCUGCAGACCGAGAGUCUUAGCGACGCUGCCGAGCUGCGUCUGAUCUGCAACGACCAUGAAAUCUCCAGCACUCCGCACCGUAAAAUCAACUUUGACAAGGCCAAAGGUCUGGUGGAGAUACUGUUUGAUCAGCUCUCUCGGGAGGAUAAGGGCUCGUACACGGCCCAGCUGAGGGACGGCCGGGCCAAGAACCAGUUCACGUUGCUCUUAGUGGAUCAAAAGUUCAGUCAGACGCUGGCCUUGGCUGAGGCGAACCGGCGGGACGUGCAGAGGAAGGCUGGACCGUAUUUCCAGGAAUUCCUGACAUGGAGUGUGAAUGAGGAUUGUGAGCUAACCAUAAAAUGCAAGGCGGCCAACGUGAAAAAGGAGACAUCUUUGAGGUGGUUUAAGGACGGCGUGGAAAUCCCACAGGCUGACUAUGAUCCGUCAUCUGGGGUCAGCUCACUCUCCGUUCCACAGGUUACGCAGAAAGAGGCGGGUUCAUACAGGGCUGUGGUGUGUGACGGAAGGGGAGAAGAUGUCAGCACUUUGGAGUUAGUGGGUGAUGAGUAUUGCAAGCUCCUGCAGCAGCUGAGUAAACAGUGUGCAUUGUCUGCUGGUCCGCUGAGGAUUCAGAGCUCCACUGAAGGUUUCAAGCUCCACUGCUCCUUCAGAUACUACAUGAGCUUCCUGAAGACCAGCUGGCACUUCAAUGAAAGGAAAAUUGACCAGGAAACCAGAUCCAAGCCUGGCAGCAGCAUGAAGAGCGUCUGGAUUGAAAUCCUGAACCCUACAGAAAGAGAUAAAGGCAAAUACACCUUAGAAAUGUUUGACGGCAAAGAGACACACAAACGGUCGCUGGAACUAUCAGAAGAGGCUUUUGCUGAAGCCCUGCAGGAACACCAGAGGUUGAGGCAAUUGGCUGUUGUUGAAAAAAAUCGAGCCAAAGUGACCAAAGGUCUUCCCGAUGUGGUAGCCAUCAUGGAAGGGAAGUCUCUCUGCCUCACGUGCUUCAUCGAUGGAGAACCGGCUCCAGAGAUCUUCUGGCUCCGGAAUGAUCGCGAAAUCCUGGACCAGACCCAGUUUACCAUCACCAAGGAGCCCAAGCGCAGCUCCAUCACCGUCAACAAGGUCCACAUGGAAGAUUCUGGAAAGUACAGCAUUUUUGUGCGCAACCAGCACGGAUCGGAAACGGUUGAUGUGACCGUGAGCGUAUACCGGCAUGGAGAGAAGCCUCCAGCCAACGCUGUGGAGAUGGGUUAAGACAUCAGAGUGGGAGAUUCAUAUCAUAUUCAUAUUUAGAAGGGAAAUAGUUAAAAAAGAAACCAGUUUUUGAUUUAUAUAAAUACAGUGAGGCCAAAAAGUAUUUCAACACUCUUUGAUUUUGCAAGUUGUCCCACUUAGAAAUCAUGGAGAGGUUGGAAAUUUACAUCCUAGCUGCUGGUUCACUGUGAGAGACAUGACCAAAAAAAAGAAAUCUGGAAACCCCAUUGUAUUAUUUUUUAAAUAAUGUGUUUGUACGCUACUGCUGCAGAAAGGUAUCUGAACACCUGAGAAAAUCAGUGUUAAUAUUUGGUGCCGUAGCCUUUGUUUGCGAUUACACAGGUCAGACGUUUCCUGCAGUUUUUCACCAGGUUUGCACACACUGCAGGAGAGACUUUGGCCCACUCCUCCUCACAGAUCUUCUCUAGAUCAGUCUGGUUUCUGGGCUGUUGCUGAAAACCAGAGUUUGAGCUCCCUCCAAAGAUGAUCUAUUGGUUUUAGGUCUGAAGACUGACUAGGCAAAUCCAGAACCUUGAUAUCCUUCUUACGGAUCCACUCCUUGGUUAUCCUGGCUGUGUUCUUGGGGUCACUGUCGUGUUGGAAGACCCAGUCAUGACCCUUUUUCAGGGUUCUGACUAACCAAAGGAGGUUGUUCCCCAAAAUCUCGCAAUACAUGGCCCCGCCCGAUCAUUUUCUCCUUAAUGCAGUGCAGUUGUCCUGUCCCAUGUGCAGAAUAACACCCCCAAAGCAUGAUGCUACCACCCCUAUGCUUCACAGUAUGGAUAGUGUUCUAUGGAUGAUACUCAUCAUGCUUCUUACGUCAAACACAGCGAGUGAAAUUAAGACCAAAAAGUUCUAUUUUGUUCUCAUCUGAUCACAUGACUUUCUCCCAUGACUCAUCUGGAUCAUCCGAAUGGUCAAACUUAAGACAGGCCUGGACAUGGGCUGGUUUAAACAGGGGAACUUUCCGUGCCAUGCACGAUUCCAAACCAUGACGUCUCAGUGUAUUACCAACAGUAACCUUGGAAGCGGUGGUUCCAGCUCCUCCUGUGUAGUUGAGACCCCAUUAGGUAAGAUCUAGCAUGGAGCCCCACUCUGAAGGAGAUUGAUAGUCACGUUUAGCUUCUUCAAUUUACUAAUAAUUGCUCCAUCAGUGGAUUUUUUUUUUUUUCCACCAAACUGCUUGACAAUUUCUCCAUAGCCCUUUCAAGCCUUGUGGAGGUCAACAAUUUUGUCUCUGGUGGUGUCUUUGGACAGCUCUUUCGUCUUGGCCAUGUUAGUAGUUGGAGUCUUACUGAUUGUAUGGGGUGGACAGGUGUCUUUAUGCACUUCAAAGAGCUGCUUAUGGACUACUUAAAGGCAGACUAACAGGUCCUUUAGGGUCAGAAUUCUAGCUGAUAGUCAGGUGUACUUUUGUGGAGCAGUAAAAAAAAAGAAUAUGUAUUUUUUUAAAAUAAUGUAUGUGUUUUCCAGUUUUUUUAUUUUUUUUUAGAUAAUGUCUCUCACAGUGGACAUGCACCUACGAUGAAAACGUCAGACCCCUCCAUGAUUUCUAAGUGGGAGAACUUGCUAAAUCACAGGGUGUACAAGCAUGUAUUUACUUCACUGUAUUUUUGUGCUAAAUACUGCUUAGUUUAGGUUUUUUUUUGUAUCCUAAAAAUACAAAUGGGCAUAUUCUGACAUUUUAAAUCACAAUGUUGGCAAUAAAACUAGUGACGUAACUUGGUCACAUUAGUAUAGAUAAACGAGCUGCCACAGCAGCCAGCCAAGCAGCUGGACAUUAGCUGCAAAGCUAGCCUUCCCUCAGCAAAAAGUAGUCUAUUUAAAUGUACUACAGGUGUACUAAAAUUGAGCCAGUAUACUUCAAGUUGACUUUUUAUAUCUGUUUAUUGUAAACUUUAUAUGUUCCAAUUUAGUCUGAAGGGGAAUUCACAAACAUGAUCUCUACUUUUUACACUGAUACUUAAGUAUAUUUGAUAAAAUACACUUCAAGUGUUCUACUUUUUGCUCAGGGUUCACUCUAGGCAAAAGAAGACACAUUAAAAUAUUGCUUAAAGUUUUGAAAUGCCGCCAUUGCAUGUCGUUUCUGUGUUUGAUUCUUCAGCAACCUGGUCUAACUUUAGGUACUUCCUGUGUUGAAAAUCAAAGAUGACUAAAACUGUCAGCUGCGUGUUGUGAAUAAAGACAUUCUUGAUCAA